CAAGCUAAAAGUCCUCCUUUGAGAAGUAUCUUGUUUUGAUGAAAGUCUUUACUUCAACUGGCACAGUAUACUUGACACCAAAAAGAAAACUAACACAAUAGUCUAGUUCUACUCUGCAAAGAAACUGUUGAUGGAAGCAGAGGAGAUGGACAUCAAUCCAGAAGAAGAGAGUUUACUUGGUCAUUCUCCACCAAGAAGGACAAAGGGAGGUCUCAAAACCAUGCCUUUUAUCAUAGUGAAUGAAGCAUUUGAGAGGGUGGCAAGCCAGGGGCUAAUGCCAAACAUGAUACUCUACUUGACAAGAAUCUAUCAUUUUCAAACUGUCACUGCUUCAAGUAUACUCUUUAUCUGGUCUGCUCUGUCCAAUGGUUUGGCCUCUUUGGUGCUUUUCUGUCAGAUUCUUAUUUGGGUCGGUUCCGGGUCAUUUUUCUUGGAUCCUUCUCCAGCCUUCUUGGAAUGAUUCUUCUGUGGCUGACUGCUGUGGUUCCACAAUUGCAGCCUUUAUCUUGUGACCAGUUGAAGCACAAGUGCAGUGCUCCAAAUGGAGCUCAAAUCAUUCCCUUGUUGUCUUCAUUUUUGCUAAUGUCUGUUGGAGCUGGUUGUAUUAGGCCUUGUUCUGUUGUUUUU